ACCGAGGAGACGGGCGCGCGGGCGCGGCCGGGCAUAGACGGGGCCGGGGGCAUCGGGGGUGCGCGCUGCGGGCCCGGGUCUCGCCGGAGGAGUGACCAGGCAUUCGCACAGCGCCUCUGCCAACUCCUCCCGGACAAGAAAUGGCCGACGAUUCUAAACCUGGGUUUUACAUAGAAGAACUUAACAAAUUCAAACAGCAGCACAGCGGAGAGGUGCAGUAUCGGGAGCUGACCGACUCGCCCCUGUUGAAGAAGUUCAGGUUUGCACUUCAGGUGGUCAUCGACGGGAAAGAGUUCCCCGCAGCAGGGGGCAGCAAUAAGAAGGAAGCCAAGAACGGCGCGGCCAAGAUCGCACUCGAGAUUCUGAACGCGCAGGUCAGAAGCUCUUUCUCACCGGCCGCGAAAUUGCCUUCGCAAGGCACCGGUGCUGGGAACCACGUGGGUCAGCUCAACACGUAUGCCCAGAAGAACGGCCUGCAGGUCUUAUACGACUGUGAAGAACGGAGCCCCCAACAGUUUCGGGUCACGUGCAGAAUCAACGGGAAAGUCUACGGCAGGGAGUUGGCUGGCUCCAAGCAGAAGGCCAAGCAGCUGGCCGCCCAGAGGGCCCUUGAGAAGUUACACUCGGAGGACACGGCCGCGAGACCCCAAGGGCCCCUGGCAGCGUCCAUCGCGUCCAGCAGUGAGAGCAGUUCCUUGCUCAGAUCCCGCGAGCUCAGCACCACCGAGUCGCUCUCUGGAAGAAGCUCCCUUGAUAGAAACAGCUGCAGUGAAAGCUGGGCCUCAUCCCAGUUAGCGAGUCCUGAGUGCCUUCCCAGGCUGGCAGAGGGGGCACCUCCAGAAGCAGCAGCAGCAGCAGCAGACAAAUGCCCGUACACCACGGAGAGGAGCUUUCUUGAGCAUUUCACAGACAUCAAACCAAUUGGCAAAGGAGGAUACGGGCAAGUUUUCAAAGCUCGUCACAAGAUUGAUGGCAAGACUUAUGUUAUUAAGCGCGUUAAAUACGACAACGAGAAAGUGAAGCGUGAAGUCGAAGCUCUGGCGGAGCUCAGGCACCCGAACAUCGUUCUCUACCACGACUGCUGGAAGGGCCCCGACCGACUCUUCAGGGACUACGAGUGGAGGCCGGAGACUGAAUGCCUUUUCAUCAAAAUGGAAUUCUGUGGUCAGGGGACCCUGGACCAGUGGAUCGACAGGAUGAGGCAUCAGAAGCCCGACAAGACCCUGGCAUUACAGUUUUUCAAACAAAUAGUUGAAGGUGUGAAUUACAUACACAAAAAAAAAUAUAUUCAUAGAGACCUCAAGCCGUCGAAUAUAUUUCUGGUGGAUGAAAAGCAAAUAAAGAUCGGAGACUUUGGGCUCGUCGCCGCCCUGGAAAACGACAGCAAACGGACAACGGGCAUGGGGACUCGACGGUACAUGAGCCCGGAACAGAUUGCCUCAACCGAUUAUGGAAACAAAGUGGACAUCUAUGCCUUGGGGAUCAUUUACGUGGAACUUACUCACAUCUGUAAAACUUCUUCAGAAAUGGCAAAGAUCUUUUCACAGCUAAAGGAAGGAGAAAUCCCCAAAGAAUUCAGCGGCAGAAAAAAAGCUCUCCUGGAACAAUUACUCGCGCUGGACCCCUCGAAGCGACCCAGUGCUCAGGAACUGCUGUAUACCUUGAGGAGCUGGAAGGACGGGGCUGGGUCCAUCGAGCACAGGACGUGCUAGAGUCUUUCGGAGAAGGCCGCUGCCGACAUUCCUGGUCUAGGAACUGUUAAGAACUUGUUAGGGAGAAUUGUUAAAACUGGGGGCGGGAGCAGUUGUACAGCAGGGAGGGUGUUUGCCUUGCCCGCGGCCAACCCAGGUUCGAUUCCCAGCAUCCUAUAUGGUCCCCUGAGCACUGCCAGGAGUAAUUCCUGAGUGUAGAGCCAGGAGUAACCCCUGUGCAUCACCGGGUGGGACCCAUUUUUUUUUAUCUUAAAUUAUUAUUCUCUUAACAUUUUUUUUAAGUUUACAGAGAACUUUCCCUUUUAACUUCAAAAUCAAUCAUAUAAAUCUAAAAAUCAUUCUUGCACUUGAUUUUCGCCUAGGAUUUCUCAUUAUGAAGAUGAGAGAAAAAAAGUUGCCCUAAAUUUUCUGAUAUAAAUUAGUAAAAGUAAAAGCGAUAGCACAGUGGGUAGGGCAUUUGCCUUGCACGUGGCAAACACGGCCAACCUGAGUUUGAUUCCUCCGCCCCUCUCGGAGAGCCAGGCCAGCUACUGAGAGUAUCCCACCAGCACGGCAAAGCCUGGCAAGCUCCCCGUGACAUAUUCGAUAUGCCAAACACAGUAACAACAAGUCUCACAAUGGAGACGUUACUGGGCCCGCUCGAGUAAAUCGAACAACGGGAGGACAGUGCUGCAGUGCUAAAAGAAUUCUUUAUUAAAUACGUACCGUUUCCAGACCAAAAUCUCUUGAGACUAUUCUAGGUCUUAAAUAUCUAACGAGCUAGUGGGAGAAGUGGUCCUUAAAAAAAAAGUCAUGUGGGGGUUCUGGUGCCACCAGCAGGCCAACCUGUCCCCUGCGGCGAGGGCACCAGCAGCCUAAUCUUGCCUUCAGGCUUCCUGACACCCCAAAAUUGCCACUGUGCCCCUGGCCAAACCCCAACAACUUGGGAACAAGUUUGUCAAGAAAUGAAACGGCCGAAAGUUAGGUUUGUGGGAGUCAGACCCACAAACCACCUCCGGCUCAGCUACACAAGCUCACUCUCAGUUGGGAUGGGCUCCCUCGCCCACUUCCCAGCGCACACAGAAGCACUGGCG